AUGUCUUCUGGAGGUGCCAACAGCUGGACUGUGGAGCCUGCUCUGCCCAAUGGAAUGGUUUUGGAUCCUUCCCGUGGUCAGCUCCGUGGUAAGCCCACUGCUGAGUACAAUGGCAAGCACACUGUGACUGCCACUGGAGUGAACGGAGUCGCUUCGGCUGAGAUCCAGAUUGUGAUCUCUGCUGCUCCUCUUCCUGGUUUCCGCGCUUCUUACUACAAGAUUUACGAUCCCGAAAUGUGUAUGUACACGAACCUGGCUCCUUCCCAGAUGGAGUUGAAGGUCGUCAAGACUGAUAGCCAGAUCAACUUCCCUCAGAGCCAGUCUGGAGUGUGGAGCGGCCUGCCUACCGAUUUGUCCGACUACUUCUUUGCUGAGUGGGAAGGUUAUCUGAACUUCACCGAGAUCGGUAACUGGAAGAUUCGUGUGGGUUGCGAUGAUUCUUGCCGUGUGUUCAGUAUUGAAGAUACUUUGCAAAUUGAUCGUUGGACUUGCGGUGCCUACUCCACUGCGGAGAAGACCAUUCCCAUUUCUUCCACCGGUUACUACUACUACCGUAUCCGUUAUCAGCAGAAGACCGAUACCAAGGGUAUGGUUCUGGAAUGGCAGGCUCCUUCUGGAGGUUGGGAAGUGAUUCCUGCUGCCAACAUUUUCCAUAUUGCGCCUUCCAUGCUUUCCUACGAUUAUGAGCGUGCCCACUACUUCCAGAAUGUCCAGAUUGUCCAGAAUCAGCCUCGUCUGUUCUACGCCACGAGCUGCUCCAACUACAACGUCCAGCCUGCUCUGCCUAGCGGACUGACCAUGAACGCUGGUACUGGUGUGAUCACCGGUGCUCCUACCGCCGAGCAGGUCUUGACUCAGUACACCAUCACUUGCACUGGAAACGGACCUACGAGCGUGGGUACUCUGAAGACCACCAUUGCGUUCGAUGUAUUCUACGAGCUGCCUCCAGGCGGUGUGACCAUCUCUCGCAGCGGAUCCACGGUUCCUGCUGGCUCUUUGAUCACCGCGAACCCUGGAGCGAGCUUCGCUCAGAUCACUGUGUCUGCCACCAGUGGUUCUGGAGUGACGUACUCGAUUUCUCCGGAGCUUCCUUACGGACUGUCCUUCAAUGCUGGAACUGGAGUGAUCUCUGGUACUCCCUACGAGCCUAUGACCGAUGUUACCUACACCGUCACCGCCUCGAACCCUGGAGGUGUCGCUACCACCAACUUCCGCCUGACUGUCAAUCCUUGCAAGGGCAAUGACGGUGGCUCAUGGACCAAUGAUAUCUAUAUCAUUCGUAUGAUGAGUGGUAACGGUAGUAUCAAGAUCGUGAAUAAUGGUAAUGUGGCUCAGUGCUCUGGAGGUAACUUCGACUCCGACGGCAACGCUCAGAUGGUGAACUGCCAGUUCUCCAACGUCUAUGCUGGAAACGAUAAGAUGAUUUGCAUUAAGCCCGAUGCCAACAACAAGAUCGAGGUUACUUGCCAGGUUGAGUCUGGAUGCUACACUCAGAUCUACCGUCCCGAUGGAAACCGUUUCCCUCCUCACCACACUUACGUCGAGUCCGAGAGCGCUCCCUAUGUGGAUCUGCAGGACUUCCCUACUGCUUUGAAGCCUCUCACCCAGCUGACUCUGUCCUUGACGGAGACUACCGUGUACGCUGGAAUGCCUAUGGACACCGUGGAUAUCACCCCGAACGGAUGCUACAAGGAGAUUACUGUGUCGCCUUCUCUUGGCUCUGGUUUCCAGAUUGAUCUGUUCCUUCCUCGUAUUGAUGCUGAGGUGAACGGAUUCGUCAAGACUGUGUACACCGUUACUGCGAAGGGAGAUGCCGGAGAAGCGAGCGCUACCCUGACUGUGCACUUCACGGAGUGCGGUGAGGACGGUCUGAGCAACGGUCUGAAGCUGGUGAAGAGCACGAACAACUAUGGAGGUGAAGAGUCUUAUGAGCUGUACAACAGUGCUGGUGAGCUUGUUCUGCAGCGUAGCGGAUUCUCGAACUAUGCCACUUACACGAACUCUCUGUGCGUUCCUUCUGGAGACUACCAUGUGGUUCUGAGAGAUACUUAUGGUGAUGGUUGGACGAGCGGUGCCUAUCUGAAGGUGUACGAUAUGGAGGAUACUCUGCUUCAGGAGUUCACUCUCGCUAGUGGUAAAGAGUAUACCGGAUACUUCACUCUGACUGCUGGUAGCAGCGCGAGCAUGGUCUGGAAGAUCUUGGUCAAUGAGCGUGCUAAGAGCGGAUGGAACAGCGUUGAUUAUGAUGACUCGAAAUGGGCGAACACUGUCUUGGGACAGAUGGAGUACGGAGAGUGGGACGAGAACACCUUCUAUGCUCGUUACAAGUUCACUCUGACCGAGUCGAUUCGUUACCCUCUUGUGCAGUUCAGUCUGUGGUACAAGGAUGGAGUGAUUGUGUAUCUGAACGGCAACGAGGUGUACCGUCGCAACAUGAAGUCCGGAUCCGUGUCUUCCUCCACCACUGCCAACGCCAUGUACGAUGGAUACUACAUUCGUAUUGGAUCGGCUCCUGGUUACUUGCUGCAGGACGGUGACAACGUGAUUGCUGUGGAGAUCCACAAGCACCAGUCGACCACUGGUCAGAUCCAGUUCAGAGGCGCUGUGAAUCCUCUUCAGGGCAACUGUAUCUCUCGUGUGGAUAGUGGUUCGAUCACCGAGUCCUCGUUCUUCAACCAGGCUUACGAGUCCGCUGCUCAGGCUUGGGAUCGUAAUCCUUCUACGACUUGGAUUGAGAACGGUAUUCCUGCUUGGACGGUCUACUCCUACAACUUCGAUCGUAUGGAAUGGGUCAACAAGAUCGCUCUGACCUCCAACAGCAGAACGCAGGAUCGUGAUCCCACUUCGUGGGCUCUGUACGGUUCGACCGAUGGUGUGACCUGGGAGACUCUGCUUCGUGUGGAGCAGCACGUGAUGUUCGAGUCGCGUCUGCAGGCCAAGGAGUGGAUGAUGAUGGACCACAUGAACUCGUACAGCCAGUACAAGUUCGAGAUGUACGGAACCUUCUCUGGAAACAACAGAGUGGCCAUUGCUGAUGUGGAUAUUCAGUCUUGCCAGCUGAACUACUGCGUGAAGGAUGGCGCGUUCCCUGGUGUGAUGUCCGAUGAGACUUCGGUGGCCAACUGCCCUGAGGGCUUCAUUGGAGAGAUGUACCGCCACUGCAGUCUGCAGGAGCUGAAUCCCACUUGGGGUGAGAUCGAUGACGGAGAGUGCCGUUCGACGAAUCCUCCCAAGGGAACCGUGUACAUCGAUGUGGCCUACAGACUCCAGAUGACCCCUGAAGAGAUUCAGAAUCCUUCUACGCUGAACGUGAUCGUUGCUGCCGUCGCCACCUCCAGCCAGGUGGAUAUGUCUCUGUUGGAGCUGUGGAAGGUGAAGAACGUGGUCGAGGAGUUCGAUGGUGAGUCUGUGAUGAGCGCCUUCUGGAUCCGUUUCACGCUUCCUCAGGAGUCUGGCUCGAGCACUCUGACUCUGGUGCGAGGCAAUCUGGCUUCGAUUCAGACCAACCUGCAGAACCUGCUUCCUGACAAGACCUUCACGAUCGAGUUCUACAUGAACCCUAUUCUCCAGGAGAGAAAGACGAUUGGCGCAGUCUCCGUUGUUUUGAUUAUUAUUCUGGUUUUGCUGCUUCUGGUGAUCAUCGCGAUUGCUUCCUUCUACAUCUGGGUCCGUACCAAGUCGAAGAAGACCAAGCAGGGAGCCAAGCAGCUUCGCUCUGGAGCUGGAAAGGUGAAUGCUCAGCAUCUCUCUGGAAAGGAGAACCGCAUUUAAGUUUGCAGUAUAUGCAUGAUUUGUUAU